CCUUGGGGAACCCCACUCCGUUUUCCACCUCUCACACUCAGAUUCUGCAAGGCACCCAUGGUUAGCUGACUUCAUACCGACUCCGUGCAGAGAACAGUGCCCGUUUCUGCUUCUGGAGUCUUUGGGGUUGGGCAAUGCUAUCAGGCCACCAGCUGAGGAGCACUCUUUAGUAAUGAAAGCCGGAGGAAUGCGAAUUUCCAAAAAACAAGAAAUGGGCGUUUUGGAAAGACACACCAAAAAAACAGGACUGGAGAAAACAAGUGCCAUCUCAAAUGCUGCCAAAAUACAGAUGUUGGAUGCUCUGAACGACACACUGGACAAGCUCAACCACAAAUUUCCAGCAACAGUUCAUACAGCACAUCAAAAACCCACACCUGCCCUGGAGAAGGCCGCUCCGCUGAAGAGGGCCUACAUUAUCCAGCAGCCUCGAAAAUGAUGGACCAGGAUAUAAAACUCAGCCAUCUGGUCAACCUUCCUAUGAUCUAACAGUUCAGAAAAAAAUAGCCAACACUUCCAUGUAGGUCUGCUCCUUUGCUUGGUAAAUAAAGCAACUUUUGUAUCUUCCCUUUUUGGUUCAGAUAAUAAAGCUUCCAAAAUUAUAAA